AUGUUGCUGCGCAGCCGGUGGCGCCGCCUGGCGCUAUCCCCGGCCCUGCGGCCCGGGCACCGCCGGGCGAGCAGUGAGGCCGGGGCGGCGGCACCGCGCUACGAGGUGGUGGUGAUCGGUGGGGGCCAUGCGGGGACGGAGGCGGCGGCUGCGGCCGCUCGCGGCGGGGCCCGCACGCUGCUGCUCACGCACAAGAUCAGCACCAUCGGGGAGAUGUCCUGCAACCCCUCCUUCGGUGGCAUCGGGAAGGGGCAUCUCGUGAGAGAGGUAGACGCUCUGGACGGGCUGUGCGGCCGGGUCUGCGACCGCUCCGGCGUGCACUACAAAGUGCUGAACCGCUGCAAGGGCCCGGCCGUGUGGGGCCUCCGCGCCCAGAUCGACCGCGGCCGCUACAAGGAGAACAUGCAGAAAGAAAUCCUUAACACACCACUGUUGACAGUUCAUGAGGCGUCUGUGGAGGAUCUUCUCUUGACAGAGCCAGAACCAGACCAUCCUGGGAAAUGCCAAGUCACAGGAGUCGUUCUGGGGGAUGGGAGCACAGUACAUGCUGGGAGUGUCAUCCUGACCACCGGUACGUUUCUGAGGGGUAUGGUCCUCAUCGGACUGGAGAAGCACCCGGCUGGGCGGCUAGGGGACCAGCCAGCCAUUGGGCUGGCUCAGACUCUGGAGAAACUGGGAUUUGCUGUGGGCAGGCUGAAGACUGGGACGCCGCCCCGACUUGCCAAAGAUACGAUUAAUUUCAGUGGUCUGGAGAAACGUGCAGCUGACAAUCCUCCUGUGCCGUUCAGCUUCCUCAGCGAGGCCGUAUGGAUCAAGCCAGAAGAUCAGCUGUCAUGUUACCUGACUCGCACUACCCUGAAAGCCCAGCAAAUUAUCCAGGAUAACCUCCACCUGAACAACCAUAUCAGGGAGACAACAAGAGGCCCACGGUACUGUCCCUCUCUUGAAUCAAAGGUUCUGCGCUUCCCAAACCGAGAACAUCAGGUGUGGCUGGAGCCCGAAGGCUUGGAGUCCAAUGUCAUUUACCCCCAAGGCGUGUCAAUGACACUGCCACCUGAGCUCCAGGAGCAGGUCAUCAAAUCCAUCCCAGGCUUGGAAAAAGCCAAGAUGUUACAGCCAGGCUAUGGGGUGCAAUAUGAUUUUUUAGAUCCCCGUCAACUGACUGCUUCUCUCGAGUCUCGUCUUGUUCAGCGCCUCUUCUUUGCAGGCCAGAUAAAUGGCACUACAGGCUAUGAAGAAGCUGCAGCUCAGGGUGUGAUCGCUGGGAUCAACGCUUGCCUACGGGUUCGUGGCAAGCCCCCUUUCAUCGUCAGUCGCACUGAAGGCUACGUCGGCGUCCUGAUCGAUGACCUUACCACUCUGGGCACCAGCGAGCCAUACCGCAUGUUCACCAGCCGCGUGGAGUUCCGCAUGUCCCUCCGGCCUGACAAUGCCGAUGCCAGGCUCACCCACAGAGGUUUUGAAGAAGCUGGGUGUGUGUCACAGCAGCGAUAUGAACAAGCGGUUAAGAUGAGAGCUGCUUUACAGGAUGGAAUUGCAACACUAAAAUCCUUUCAGUUCAGUGUAUCUAAAUGGUCCCAGUUAAUACCAGAAGUUCCCAUCAGUAGCAGUCGAAGGUCCCCUGUCAGCGCCUUUGACAUCCUUCAGUAUCAGGAGGCCAACAUGGAGGUUCUGGCAAGGGCUGUCCCGGAGCCCCUGGGAAAGCUUGCUCAAUGGAGAGAACUGGCUGAGAGAUUGAAAAUAGAAGCUACUUAUGAGUGGUGUGUAGUCAAUCAACAGCAGGAAAUAGAAGAAGUGCGUCGUGAUGAAGCCCUCCAACUGCCAGAGGACCUAGAUUACUUUACCAUUGAUGCAUCGCUCUCAGCAGAGGUGCGGGAGAAACUGGAUUCCAACCGUCCCCAGACGAUUGGUGCAGUCAGCCGCAUCCCUGGAAUUACACCAGCUGCUAUUGUUAACCUGCUAAGAUUUGUGAAAACCAAUCACCAGAAGACAGGGAAGCUAAAAGUGUUACCUCAGAAUGGCAAGUAUUUACCGGGGAAAACAUACUCAGAGAAAGCAACUUCUCAAAGACCGAUUUCAGCAGAGUUUUCUGAAGAUACCUUUGUUAAAACACCUUUGUAGAGAAGUGUACCCCUCCUGCCAGAGUACAGGGCGAGAUCACCUGUGAUUGCUCACGAGCCUCUUCACAGAUAAAACCCUUGCUGGCUGGAUCCAAAGCAGUUCUAGUUAUGUCCUGUGGCAGUGUCAUUGAGUAAAACGAAGAUGACAAAUGCGCAAACCUUGAGUAAUUGCUCAGGAACCUAAAUACAGCCUGUGGUUUUGCCAAUCCAAAUGAAAAGACAGAGGAACUGCUUUUAUAGUUCCACUCAUUUGGAAGAUGUCAGAUAGUCAAAAUCUGUUCUUAAGUGUUUUGGAAGGGACAGUGUUUUGCUCUUCUGAAAUGAAUAAGAAACGUUACCGUCCUGAACCCAUGGCAGCACAAGAGGAUUUGAGCUGGAAAAGGUGUUCCAUUGAUUUUAGUAUGUGUUCGUAGCUGCGCAAUGACUACGCACAGUCUGAUUGUCAGCCAAGACAAAACACUUGGCUGUGAAAAUGUGUGCUGUAUGAAUAUUUAAACUUAUGUAGGAGACUGAUUGAAUGUAAACACUGUAUCCUGGGUUUUUUUCUCCUUUAAAAUUAAUAAAGCUUACCUUGAAAUUUGCUGAAGAA